UUCAUCGCAACGACGGUGAAAAAUUUACUUCUAACCGAUUUGGGAUUGAUCACAACCUUUCCCUCGAUUUUGAUUCCGGCACUGACUGGCAUUUCGAAUGAACACAAUCGCAAUGAAUUCAUUACAAUUACACCGAGUGAAGCGUCUUGGUUAGGAAGCAUUUGCUAUCUUCUUCAACCGUUCGGCAGUUUGUUAUCCAUUUUAAUAACAGAUUCUCUGGGUCGCAAACGUUCGAUGAUCAUUGUGAACCUUCCUUUGGCGAUUGGUUGGUUUAUGGUUUACCAAGGAGAUGUUUUUUGGAAAAUUAUCAGCGGUUAUGCUUUGCUCGGAUUAGGUGUUGGUAUGAUGGAAGCUCCUCUCAUUACUUACCUCGGUGAAAUAUGUGAGCCUUCAACGCGUGGAGUGUUAAUUGCUUACUCCGGAAUCAGCGUGACAUUGGGAAUAUUCAUGGUUUUCGGCCUAAACACCUUGAUGGCAUGGCGAUCCGUGGCACUAGUUUGCUUGGCGAUGCCUGUGAUCACAGCGGUUGCCGUUUGUUUUAUUCCAGAGACACCUCAGUGGCUUCUAUCAAAGAAUCGCAAAUCUGAAGCUGAGAAAUCGCUAUGCUGGCUUCGAGGUUGGGUGUCAAGUGACGUCAUAGCUAACGAAUUCUACGAGCUUCAAAAACACAGUGAACGUUCUAAAUCUUGUGACUUGUGUAUCAAAGAGAAUUUAAAGUGUGUUCACCCAUUGCCGACAAUGCGAGAAAAGCUCAGCGAGAUGAAACGGAAGCGAACGCUUAAGCCAUUCAGCAUUAUAAUAUCACUGUUUGUCAUCGUUCAGUUCACAGGGAUCGCGUCCAUGGCACCGUUUAUGGUUCGAAUUUUCAAGGCAUACGAAAGUCCAAUCCCACCAGAUCAAGCGGCCGCUAUUAUGAGUUUUCUUAACAAUUUGGCAACGGUUAUUUUCAUUAUUUCGGUUCGCUUCAGUGGCAAGCGGCGCUUCUUUUUAACCAUGUUAACGGGAAUAUUCCUUUGCUCGGCCAUUCUUGCUUGCUACGGAUUCAUUUACUUACCUACCGGCUACAUUUCAUUCGAUCAAAACAUUGAAUCACUUCAACCGGACAACGGAAACAUUCAUUACAUUCCGUUAGUUUGCCUGAUUCUUUGGAGUUGUUUCUCAUAUUGCGGAUUUCUUACCAUGCCAUGGAUGCUUCUAUCGGAGAUUUUUCCUUUUAGAUCUCGUGGCAUAGCAAGUGGAUUUGCAGCUGCCUUUUGCUAUAUUCUUGGUUUUAUCUCCAGAAAAACGUAUUACAAUUUAGAAUUUACACUCUCUUUGCCCGGUUCAACGCUGUUUUACUGUGCUGUCUCCGGUCUCGGUUUCAUUGUGAUGUACUUGAUCUUACCGGAAACGGAGAAUAUUUCACUGGAAGACAUCGAACUACACUAUUCGGACAAUUCAAAGAAAAUCACCGACCAUAAAAUCGUCAAGUCAAGCCAGAAGAUGGUAGCGAAAGAUGUAGAAAAUUCGUUCAAAAAGACUGAAAUGGAAUGCACGAAAUUGUGAUUAAAUUUGGAUAAAUUUAAGAAAAACAUUGAAUUUUGUUUUUUGCUAGGUUUGUUUUGUAAUGUUGUUGUUAUAUUUGUUUUUAAAUUUCCAUUCAAUUUCGGAAAUUUUGACCGCACAUUCGAGUGAGUUCGAGAAGGGAGAUGAAGGAUAGAACCCGAACUCAUGACAAUUCUGAAAUUGACAAGAGAGAAACUCGAUUAAGAAUAGUAAUGUAGACAAUAUUUGAUUAACAAAAACUUUACGUGGAUGCCACAAAUGGAGAAGCUAUGUUUUAAAUUAUUCCAUUGAAAUAAAAUUAUUAAAAUUAAAUGUUAAGCUAAAAA